GAGGGUCCGAGAGCGUGACCGUCAAAUCUACAUAUUCUCUUCAUCUUCUCUCUCUCUCAUAAUUCAGAAUUUUCUUUUCGGUUCUUAAGAUUCAGUUUAAUCGGCGAUCUUUUCCAACUGUUCUCGGGAAUCCCUCGUUUUCCUUCUUUCACUCUUUGUCUCCUUCACGGCUUCAUCUGAAUAUAAUGCUCCAGAUUUUCAAGGUUUGGUUUUGAUUUGAUACAACUCUGACUAAGGGGAAAGGAAACAAUGGAAGGUGACACAUUCUCAGGGAUUGACAGUGGAACUCGGUUAGAUAGAAAGGUGUUGCAGGUAUUUCAAAAGAGCUUUGUUCAGGUCCAGGAUAUCUUGGACCAGAAUAGGUUGCUCAUCAAUGAGAUAAACCAGAAUCAUGAGUCCAAGAUCCCAGACAACUUGAGCAGAAAUGUUGGUCUAAUCAAGGAGCUCAACAACAACAUAAGAAGAGUUGUGGACCUCUAUGCUGAUCUUUCAGCCUCCUUUGCCAAAUCCAUGGAUACAUCAUCCGAGGAGAAUUUGAGUGGUGCUAUGAGAUCAGAUGGCAAAGCUGGUCACAAAAGAAACAGGCCUGUUUGAUUUAGUUGAAAAGAGAAAAAGAA